UUUAUCCAACUCCUCUUCUUGAUGCUCUGCAGUUGGCGUCGGGAUGAUGGAUAGCAACCAGCUAGGGAAAUGGCUCUUAUUGCUUUCAAAUGAAUGAUUCCCAGAUCUCUUACAUAAACCAUUGGUCUGGGAUGGUUUGGUCGGUGGCUGACUGUCAGAUGAUAUCUACUUGAUGGAUUCCCGUGAACAUUAUUAUUAGAAUGCAACCAACUGCCUCAAUCACUGAAGACUGUUUGACAAAGUAUCACCUUGCUUGACAGAACAGGUGCUUCUUGUGAAGGAGGCCUCCAAACUGUCCUCGAUUUACUGAACUGGAAAGCAAAAUGAAGACAUCCCAGACCAUAAAUCAUGACUCUGGUUUACCUGUCGAUUUUUGACGGACGUAUAAAAUAAUCACUUGAUGUUUCGGUGUGUGUCUGCAGGAUACUGACUCUUUCUCUCUCUCUCUAACACACACACACACACACUAAAGGACAACUUCUUGAAUCAAUCCAGAGUUCCCAAAGAGGACCGUCAAAAUGUUUUCGGCUCUUAAGAAGCUGGUGGGCACCGAGCCUGGCCAGCUAGGAAACAAAAACAUUCCAGCUGGUUUGCAGUCAAUGAACCAGAGCCUACAGAGAAGGUUUGCCAAGGGAGUACAGUAUAACAUGAAGAUCAUCAUCCGUGGAGACCGGAACACAGGAAAGAGUGCCCUAUGGCACCGACUACAGGGGAAGAAGUUUCUGGAAGAGUACAUCCCCACACAAGAAAUCCAGGUCUCCAGCAUCCACUGGAACUAUAAAACGACAGACGACGUUGUCAAGGUGGAAGUUUGGGACGUGGUGGACAAAGCAGGGAAAGGUAAGAAGCGAGGAGAAAUGCUGAAAACGGAGAAUGAACCCCAGGAGAAUGAGAUGGCUCUGGAUGCAGAGUUCCUGGACGUGUACAAGAACUGCAAUGGAGUCAUCAUGAUGUUCGACAUCACCAAACAAUGGACAUUUGACUACAUCGUGCGGGAGCUGCCCAAAGUGCCUACCCAUGUGCCCGUCUGUGUGCUGGGCAACCAGAGGGACAUGGGCGAACACCGGGUCAUCUUGCCCGACGACACCCGAGAGUUCCUCUGUCACCUCAACAGGCCUCCAGGUUCUUCUUACAUCCACUAUGCUGAAUCUUCCAUGAAGAAUGGCUUUGGUCUCAAGUACCUGCACCGCUUCUUCAACAUCCCCUUCUUACAGCUGCAGAGGGAGACCCUGCUGAGACAACUGGAGACCAACCAGCUGGACAUAGACGCUACUCUGGAGGAGCUCAAUGUUCAGCAGGAGACUGAGGACCAGAACUAUGGCAUUUUCCUGGAGAUGAUGGAAACCAGAAACAAAGCUGGCUUCAGCUCCCCUUCCAACGGCCAGAGCCCCUCCUCAGGCUCCCAGUCCCCCAUCGUCCCCCAGAGCGGGCCCUCUACUCCUGGGGCCUGUCCCAGCCCCUGCACCCCCCAGCAACCCCCUCUCCCACCCCAGCCCAUAACUAUCUCCAACCCUAUCCCCAGGUCAGUUCAGGGCCCCCCCUCCUACACCAACCCUAACCUUAACCCCUGUCCCCCUCUCCAGAACACUGCCCUCCCUAGGGGUCCAGGUUACCCACAGCAGCCCCCGGCCCCCCAGCCGCAGCCCCCAACCCCUCAGGGGCCCCAACAUGGGGGAACCACACCUGUCCCGACCCCCCAGUCACCCAGUGUCACCCAGGCCCCUCCUGCCCAGAAGAGAGGCUUCAUGUCGCGCCUCUUUGGAUCAGCCACCUCUGAAACUCCCACUGAUGGCGCAGACGAGAAGGUGCGGAAUGUGGAUGACUUUGUUCCCGAUGUGGACCGUAUCUUGCUGGAGGAGGGGGCUGCUGCCAAGGAGAAAGCCAAGGAGAAAGCUCGAAGAGCAGGCAACAUGGACAGUGACAGUGACGGUGAGGGCCGAGAGGGGAACCCCAUGGUGUCAGGGUUCCAGGACGAUUUUGCCCCAGAUGAGCUGUGCCAGUCUGUGCCCAAAUCUGUGCCCAAGGCAGCCGCUGUCCCCAGCAUGGGCAUCACCCUGACCAGCGAUGAAGAGGAUGAGGGGACGAAGGCACUUAACGUCGUCCAGGACGGUGGAUCGGACAGAAGGAGAUCCUCCAACGCUUUGAAGACUCAAAACAAGACCGGAGAAGCCAAGAAACCAGCGGGCUUAAAGAUGUCGUCCGAGCCCGUCUCAUUCCUGAACCCGACCCUAGCCCCGGUGCAGUCCAUGUGGGCAGGCAAGAAGAAGGGAGGGGAUGAAUCCUCCCACUCAGACCAAGAAGCUCCAGGGACCGAUCAGAUGCUCUCCUUCGUCAUGGACGAACCAGACUAUGAGGACGAGGAGUUUGAGAAGCCCAAGAAAAAGAAGGAGCCUUCGGCUGUACUGGAGGACCUGAAGCCGGUCCAGCCCUCUGUCCUCCCUAUCAAGAGCGACGACCUGGACCUGUUUGGACUGGGAUUCCAGGAUGUGGCGCCCAAGAGCAAGGAAAGCAGUGAGGACCAAGAUGACCGAGAAAGUAGAUCCUCAACAAAGGACAAGAAGAAGAAGAAGAAGAAGAGUAAAGAGGAGGACGACAAAAGCAGCAAGAAACGACACAAACAGAAGAAAAAGGAGGAGUCAGGGAGCGGGGACGAGAAAGAGAAGAAAAAGAAGAAGUCAAAGUCGACCAAGAAAGCCGGCGGCGUGGUGGACGACCUGGAGUUUUUUCUCGCCGGAGACGAAGACUACGAGGAGAUGUAGAAUAUCCCCCCCAGCAUCCAAUCAGGACCACGUUCUACUUCAGCAUUCUAGGGUCAGGAUGUAGCCAUGAAGACGACAGAAUGCGUCGAUUGACUGGCUGAGUGAUCGAAGACUGCAAUUCUCAUUGGGUGAUAGUUAUUUCCCACUUCCUGGCGUUGUGGUGCCUCUACGGGUGGUUAGAUUUGGAUCAUUUGUGAUUGACAUUGUUUGUUUUGCUUACCCUUUUACUGUACAUGCAACACUACCGUCAUACAACAACUCUACUGCAAAUCUGUAGCUGGUAUAUCCAGGUUUUGAGUUUACACUCUUAGGACAAAACCACCAUUACUUUGAUGUUUCCACGGUUGAUUACACUUGGGUAUACUCACUACAAUGUCUUUGCUAUUCCAUUUGUCUUUUCCCAUUGGGCCUGCUUUCUGGUAAAGGCUUUAGAACUGACCCUAGUACAGAGUUGUGACUAUUUCUAUAUGGGAGCGCUUUCCUUUACACUGACCAGUGUUCAGGAGUCGGGGGACGUGUGUGCAUUCAUUAUGAAUUAUGUUGAACAUUGCUUGAGCAGCGAUAUAAAUGUUAUUUAUGUUUAUCUGGUGUUGGCUUUUCGAACUACGGCUAUGUCUAGGUACAGUAGGAGUUUGUGAGUGUUUACUAAACCAGACAUUUUGGGAGUUUCUCUGAAAUGAUUCAGCAAAUUUCACUGUGCAUGAUCAUUUUGGUUUGAUGGCAAUGCCUUAAGGAAAGCUUUACUUUAACACUGGAAAGGGUUAUUUUAACACUGGAAAGGGUUACUUUAACACCGGAAAGGGUUACUUUAACACCGGAAAGGGGGUUACUUUAACACCGGAAAGGGGGUUACUUUAACACCGGAAAGGGGGUUACUUUAACACCGGAAAGGGGGUUACUUUAACAUUGGAAAGGGUUACUUUAACACCGGAAAGGGGGUUACUUUAACACCGGAAAGGGGGUUACUUUAACACCGGAAAGGGUUACUUUAACACCGGAAAGGGUUACUUUAACACUGUAAAGUGGCGAUAUGAAUGCCUUUUAGUAGUAGAGAUCUGAUUGUUCAAUGAUGCCGUCAUUCUGGCAAAACACAAUGCAAGGGAAGCCAAGAUACGAUGUCUUUUUUUCCAACCUGCUGUUCUGUUAAGUCGUGUUGUUGUUUUUACUAAGUGGCAGUUGUACAAUGUAAUUUGACGUUUCUUCUAAUUUCUUCCAUUAACCAAAUGAUGUGUUUCUUGGACACAUGUUUUAAUAUCUCCGUGGUUACCUGUAACUUUUACACAAGUUUGCUUGGAUCCUAUUUCUUGAUGUUGCUGAGCACCAUGUGGGAUGGUUUUGCUGUGUAGAGUGACAUCUCAUAAUGGAACAUAGUCCUUACUGAACUUGUUUACUUUACUGUAGGGGAGUGUGUAAGUCUGCUAGUCAGUCAUAACUACACACUACUGUCUAUCUGCACUCCGAUCUAGGGGAUGUUUACAACAAAGUAAAUGGCCUCAAGCUAUUCAUUCCACCUUAAGUCCCCUUAGAAAGAAUUGACAACAUAUCAGGAAUGUAUUUAGAUUCAUAUCAUACAUGUAUGCAUUGUUACCAUUCCAUAUUUAUUUUGAAAUAUUAAGAAAAUAUUUUUGGACAUUAAACAAAUCCCAUGUUAAUAUAUCCAUUAUAGAAAAGUAUAUGCACUUGUAUUCAUGCAUUUGUACUGCAUAUUUCUCUAUGUGUGUUUUUACCUUGCUCUGUUGUGUCUAAAAUAGGUAUUUUGAACUGUCUUUAAAAGAGACACUACAUAUCCAUUUCCACCCAGCCAUCUAUGGGUCGUGACUGCAGUGUACUGCUAGUUAGGUAUCCUGACCACUGCCUCACUGUAUAUUAUCAGGGAGAACAUGCAACAUUUCCAGACUGUGUAUCGGAACCUACUGUACAUCAAUAGAACUCUUACAUCAAUAGAACUGUUCCAUCAAUAGAACUGUUACAUCAACAGAUCUGUUUCAUCAAUAGAACUGUUACAU